AUGAUUUACGAUGAUGUGUUUUUAUGCUUCAUUUAGUAAAGAGGAUAGAUGACUAUCGAAUGGUAUGGAAUAGACAGUUAAUGGUAUUUAUAAUUCUCAGAAAAAAAUAAAUUCAGGAAUAGUGUAAAGCUGAAUGGUAUAACAGGAUGUUUGUCGACCUAUAAAUGCAAUAAAUUCGGAAUGCAAUGAACUACAAAAAGUAUCUUUUAACCAAUUUUCAAUGUACGUCCAUACAUUGUUUGCUGAUUGUAUGAACCAGAUGCAAUGAAGGAACAUUUCGACUGAAAUGAAAGGAAGAGAUAGAAAAUGAUUACAACACAUAUCCAGAAAGAUAACAGAUUAAUUUUUUUAUAAAAGUAUCUUGUCUGAGCGACAGCGAGUUCCACAGCGGUUUUUGCUCUCUCAUUGGAAUGAAUAAUUCAGCUUGUGAACAUUUAAUUUCUAAACCGGACUACACAAUUGCAGCAUUUGCCAUAUUAUUUGCAAUCUUAACAAUAGUGUGCAAUCUUAUGCUGGUAGUCGUAAUACAAAGCACAAAACGUCUUCAUACAUGCACAAAUGCUUUUGUGACAUCACUUGCACUUAGUGACUUUAUCCAUGGGUGUUUCAAAAUGCCAUUUGUUGCUGUAGCAAAUCUGUUUGCGAACUGGGUUCCAGAUUCAUCGUUGUGUCAUGUGCUAGCAUAUUUUAUGACAACAGGAAGAAUAUCGGCGACAUUAUCUCUUACUAUGCUGUCUGUUGACAGAUGUAUUGCAAUUUAUAAACCUGUUCAAUACUCCAGCCUUAUAACGUCUUAUUCUACCGGAAUUGUAAUUCUUUGCUUAUGGAUAAUUAGUUGUCUGAUUGCGUGUAUUCCGUUUAUUGAACACAUUAGUUAUCAUUUUGACGCUCAGGAAUCCUUAUGCAUGUUUUCCGGGUUGUCAUGGACAAUUCAUGUGCUGACUCUCACGAUCAUGUCAACGCUUAUUCCUACUUUGGUGAUCAUUAUUGCCCUAUGCAUCAUAGUGAGAGAAGCUAGAUUUCGGCAUCGUAUUUUCGCAGUAGCAACCGUACCAAUAGUUCUGUCGAAUGUCCAGCCUAAAAAUCCACUCAAAACUUUGCGUGCAAUGAGAUCGCUAUUUUUUAUUGCUUUUGCAUAUCUGAUUUUUUGCAUACCGGAAGCAAUUUGGUUUGUGGUCAAAGUAAAUAUGACUGACUGCUUGUCGUCUAAAUUAGUAAAUUUCAAGACGAUUUGGUCAAUGCUAUGUUGUUUUAUGACGCCAGUAAUAAUUGCAAUAUUUAACAAGAGUUAUCAUAAACGAUUACGACACCUUAUAUGCCGGAAAUGCUGUAGAAACAACAGUAAGAAAGUUUCGGAUUUUUCUGUCUCAACGGGCCUACAUUCUAUUCUAGAAGCAUCUUAUACAAUCAGUCAUUUCCGUCCGAUUCCGAAAAAUAUAAUCCUGUUAGCUAGCAAAUCCUCGCGGGUACAUUUGAGAAACUCUGUUCAUGCCAAUCCUACUGCUCAAUCACGGACUCUUUUUGAAAAGCCUAUGCUUCUAAAAGCGAUGUCAUCACCAGAAUGUGGAUGAUAAAAGCAUCUCUUUUUAUAAUGUGUCCUUGUCUAUUUCAUUAAUA